UUACGGAGAGUUCGAGAGGUAGAUCCGCCGGCGCCGACAGUGUCGCUUCUUAUGGGCUGGCAAUUUGGGACGGAGCUGAGCGCAACCUAGCACUUUUGGAAUCGAUGGGCCGAGGGUCAAACUAUCAUUUGCAAGUUGGUCGUAAGGGAUAAUGGAGUGAUAGUUCGUUUAUUAUUACUGAAUGAGUAGUACCUGCGGCAUCCUGCGCCAGUGGAAGCAAGCAAGUGGCGCCUCCGACGGAGAAGGUCGCUCUGACGUGGUGCAUGUGCGGGCUGAGCGCCGCAAAGAUUUGAUAAACCCAGGGAUUGUUCGGUGUAGUCGAGCGAGGAUGAUGAUGAUGAUGUCGUCGACAGCAGCAGCGGCGGCGAGUGGAGGCGGAGGCGGAGGCAUCCAUGGCGACGGGAGUGCGGCGAAUGUGGCACUGGUUGCGGGUGCAACCGGUCUGGUGGGCCGGGAGCUGGUGACCGCCCUCCUCCUCUCCGCCUGUUCUCGCGAAUGGAAGUUGGUCUACGGUGUCGCUCGCUGUCCCCCGGAGACCGAUGACGAUGGUGAUCGGCACGGCGACAGGUACCGCUUCGUGGCGUGCAAUAUGCUGGACCGCGAUGAGACGAUGGCGAAGCUGGGGCCACUGGGGGACCGCGUCACGCACGUCUUCUGGGUGACAUGGGCGAGCCAGUUCCCGCUGAACUCCCAGGAAUGCUGCGACCAGAACCGCGCGAUGAUCUCCAACGCCCUCGACGCCCUCCUCCUCCCCUCAUGCGGUGGCGCCUUCAGGCACUUUGCCCUACAGACCGGCACCAAGCACUACACACCCCUCGAGGCGGGCGGCAGCGGUUCCGGCUGCUUCGAUGAGGAUAGCCCCCGGGCGGUUGGCGGAGACGUGCGCAACUUUUAUUACGUGCAGGAGGACCUGCUCGAGGAGAGGCUGCGGGGGCGUCGGAUAAGCUGGUCGGUGCACCGCCCAGGGCUGUUGCUGGGCGCAUCUCGGAGGUCCCACUUCAACCUGGUGGGGAGCCUGUGCGUGUACGCCAGCAUCUGCCGGCACCUGGGCCUCCCGUUCCUCUUCUACGGCAACAGGCUCUGCUGGGAGGAGCCGUCCCUGGACGCCUCCGACGCCAGGCUCGUCGCCCAGCAGCACAUUUGGUGGGCCACCUCCUCACCGGAAGGUCACCAAGGCGAGGCCUUCAACGCGAUCAACGGCACCGCUUUCACUUGGAAGGAGGUCUGGCCAUUGCUGGCCGCCAAGUUCGGGAUGCUGCCGCCUGCUGUAGCGGGCACAGGCACCAGCGGCGGCGACGUGGACGCAAUGUUGGAAGACCUGGUGUCGGAGAGAGCGACGUACGUGGAAGUGAUGGGAGACAAGGGCGGCGCUUGGGAGGAGAUCGUGGAGAAGGAAGGCUUGCGAUCCACAAGGAUGGAGGAUCUCGCCAACUGGGGUUUCCUGGACGCUCUGUUCGGCUUACCUUUUAAGAUACUGGCCAGCAACGCCAAGGCCCGUCGCCUGGGUUUCACCGCAAUCUAUAGGACCCCGGAAUCCCUGCUCUAUUGGGUGGAUCGCAUGAGAGAAGACCGCCUCAUACCUUCUUGGUAACAGCUCCAUAUGUACGAUCUCUUGUCUCUGUUUAGUAUGGAAGGCAAGAAUUGGCUCUCCCGUCGUUGGAGUUUGUCUACCGGAGAGCAUAAAUAGGACGUUCCUCACCGGCAUGUCUUCUCCGCCCUCAUCGAUGAUGGAAGGAGGUGCAUUUUGUGCACGAAUAAAUUGUUCUUAUAAAUGUGUCUUUUUUAAGUAAUUAAUUUAUUCAGUUGUCUAA